CUCUUAAAGUAUUUAAACCCUCUUCUGUUCAACUUCUCUACUAAGAAUUGUUUUCUUGCCAUGGCAUCUCAAUUUCUGGUACAUUGUCUGUUUGUAUUUGCCGUUGCAAUUUCGACUGUAAAAUGCAACCAUGAAUCGGACGCUCUUUCUGCUUUGAGGAAAUCCUUGGUUGACCCAAACGGGAAACUUGAAAGCUGGGAUGCAACCCUUGUUGAUCCUUGCACCUGGAUUCACGUUACUUGCAAUCAAGAUAACAAAGUUACAAGGCUGGAUCUUGGCAAUUUUGGACUCGGGGGAUCUCUUGUCCCUGAACUUGGAUCUUUGGGAGAUCUUGAAUAUCUGGAGAUGUAUCAGAACAACAUCACUGGAUCGAUUCCAACCGAGCUCGGAAAUUUAUCAAACUUGAUCAGCUUGGACCUCUACGAAAAUGAACUCUCUGGUUCAAUUCCAGAUUCGCUUGGAAUGUUGAAAGCUUUACGAUUUAUGAGAUUGAACAAUAACCAGUUAACAGGCAAACUACCAGAGAGUGUCAAAACCCUUACAAAGGGAAAUUUGAAGAUCCUGGAUGUUUCAAAUAAUCAUUUGUCCGGAUGACUAAACAGCUGCAUCCAAGUAUCACUAUGUGAUAGAAUUAGUAAGGAAGACAAACCUGAGAGUGUUUGAAAUAAUAGCUGUAUUACUUCAAAAUCAUAAAAUUUUACUUAUAUGAAUAAUUAUAUAUUUCUGCUA